AUGGGCAACUCGCAGGGAAAAGAGUCGCAACCAGAGCGGAGAGGCCAUGGCCGGCGUUCUAGUGCACACCAGCUCGCCUCUCCGACUACAGCCGGCCCUGGCUCCUCGACACACGACCGGUCGGGGAACAAUCCUUACGGCAACUCGAGAAGGGACAGAGGCAGCAGACCGGACCUGUCUUUCCUGGGAAUUCGCACCGGCGACACUGCCGAACGCGAUCCCGCUCUGGAGCCACGGCGAGAGACCAAGGCCGAACGGGAGGCCCGUAAGCUGGAACGAGAGCGAAUACUCCGGGCCCAGGAGCGGGAGAGAAGCUUGAAAGAGGAGGGCGUCGAUGGCGGAUAUUUAGUCACCCUCGGCGUAUACACAGGUCCCGAAGACUUCAGCAAACCAACAGUCCGCCAAUUACAGAUUGAACGUCGACUUGCUCCCUUCUGGAGAGGCCUCGAUGACCAUGAAGACACAUGGACCGAACACCAACUAGUCGAAGUUGUCAACGGCCGCCCGUUGCCCGCCGCAGAUGCCAUUCCUCCCGAAGAGCCGCCUCGCGUGAACGCCAGCCUCAGCACAUCAUGGAACCCCCGUGGCUCCGAGCCCAACUUGAACAAGCUCACGGUCCCCAUGGGCUCCCGAUCCAUGUCUCAAGAGCCGCAGCGUACGGGGGGCCUUUCGCCGUCGCAAUCCACUUUCUCGUCGUCUACGUCACCAAUGGAACAAAGUUCCUCCUCAACCCCAUUUUUCCGUGGACGCGCAAAGACUCUCGCAUCUCUCGCCACCGGCUCUCGUAAUGCUUCGCAAACCGAGAUGGCCCCGCAAGAGAUACAACUUCCCAAAGACCCGUAUGUUAAUGGCCAGCGAGUCGAGGCUUUCCUAUACAAAAAUGCCAGCGAGUGCCCCAUUUGUUUCAUGUACUACCCGCCACAUCUAAACAGGACACGGUGCUGCGACCAGCCCAUUUGCUCCGAGUGCUUCGUUCAGAUUAAGCGACCGGACCCACAUCCCCCAGAGCACCAUGGAGACGCUGGCGCCGAUGCUUCCGCAAAUACUGAGCCAGAUGAAGAGAUCCAAUUGGUCUCGGAGCCAGCUGCAUGUCCCUAUUGCACACAAACCGAGUUUGGAGUGACCUAUGAACCUCCACCGUUCAGACGGGGACUUGCCUACGCUGGCCAAACUACUAUGACUAACGCAACAUCGGCAAUGUCAUCCACAUCCUCGUUGAACUCACCAACCUCAGGCGGGCCGGGGCGAAGAAGGGCUACGCUACUUGCAGUCACUGAUAAGACUGUGAUUACAACCGACAUGGUGCGGCCAGAUUGGGCCAAGAAGCUUGCCGACGCGAAAUCUCACGCUCUACGGAGGGCCGCUGCUGCCACUGCACUGCACAAUGCCGCUUACAUGAUGGGUAAUCUCCCACAGGGAGAAAGCCGUUUCGGUCUUGGCAGACGAAGACGAAUGUUUGCGAGCGACAGUCCCGGUAGCAGUGGACACGGAACUCCACGGCGUGAAGGCGAAAGCUCUUCAGGUCAGCCAGGAGGCUCGAACGACCUGUUUCCCGCUCGUCUCAGCUCACGGAGGGGUAACAGACUUGACGAUCUCGAAGAUCUUAUGAUGAUGGAGGCUAUCCGACUUAGUCUGGCAGCUGAAGAGGAGCGGAAGAAGAAGGAAGAAAAAGAUGCCGCUAAAGAGGCCAAGAAGGAAGGGAAGAAGAAGGCCAAGGAAAUUAAGAAAGUUGCAAAGGCCCAACGCAACAUUGGAAGUGGCUUCCACCCUAUCGAGAUUGGCGACACAGAAGACGCGGAAGCAGGCAGUUCAGCAGCGGCCGGCAAAGGCAAAGGUGUUGACCGUUCUGGUGGCGCCGGGGGAUUCAACCCAAUGUCGGAGCCGACGUCAACGAUUAAUAGCAGCACUUCCAAGGAUGAUUCGCAAAAGCAUCUUGAGGUCAGCCGCGCGCAGAUCCAACGAGAAACAUCCGACCCAGGCGAUACGUCACCUUUUGAUCCAUUCAAUGAGCAGUCGCAGCAUCGCUCAGUCUUGCGCAACCUCUCCAACGCCUCCUCGUCCGAGUCAUCGUUUGCAGAUUCCUGUCAAAACUCAUCACGACAAGAGGGCCAGAAUAGCCUUGCACCUGGGUCAUCUUACGCGCCUAGUCCGAAUGCUUCGGGCGUGAAUUUAAGCCAAGGCGAGACUCCACCCCAGGACACGACCGGCACGGAGUCAAUGUUUAAUUUCCAGAGUCUUACAAAGGCUCUGAAUCCAGAGGGAGAACAUAAAAAUGAAAACAAGCCUCAGUAUAUUGAGGAUGUCGGAGAGGCGGCUACAGAGUCGAAAACAAGUUAUGUGAACGGCAAAGCGCCCGAGGCUCCAGCCGAUGUAGAGACUAAGCCAUCGGAGACGUUGGCUGAUAGCACAAUGACACUCAAGCCAAGCGAAGACGCGCCGAAGGAGUCUGAUGCAUACCAAGCAGACGAUAUCAGCCCGGCGCCACCUGUCCAAUACGUUUCUGACGGCCACUCACAUCUCGAUCAAAAGCACGUCGGAGAAGUGAGCAUGGUCCAUGGCCUAAACCAUGAGGCCACGCAAUAG